AUGGCCGAACCCACCGACACGUCGCGAGACACCACCGCCCCCGUCCGCGAAGACCCCUCGCGCGUGAAUCCGCCUAAGUCCCCGCCGACGCAUUCGCCGCACCCGCUCCAGGCCGCCGCCGUCAUCACGUCCCUUGAAUCCCGCCUCGCAGAAUCGGAAGCCCUGCGCCGCGACUCGGAGACACGCAUCCGCAAAUUGGAGCAGAUGGUGGAACGAUUGAUGAGAGAAUCCACCGCACCUGCUGGGGCGCAGGUCGGGGAGGCUCUGCCGGUGAGACCGGUCCCCCUGGACGUCCCCCCGCACACAUUUUUGGGACGCCCGGGAGCUGCCGCUGACCCCCUUGCUCGUACCCCUGGGGGGGAAUCUCACAGCGGAAUUAGGGACGGCCCUUCCUCGGCGGUGAUUAGCUCUCGUUGGAGAGGGACAUUGCCGGACCGGGAAGGGUUAUGGACCGGAGAUCAUCCGGAAAGGUUGGUGAUUUUCACUGCGUUUGGGGAGUCGUAUCUUUCUCUCUUGUGCGACAUCUCCACCUCCGACCUUUUCGACACGAGCCGAGUGAUCCAGCUUGUGGCGACGCUAUUUUUUCGUACGACAACCCGACAGCGCCGCCAAUCCCCGCUCGAUUGGGCCGUCGAGGCGAUGAGGGACGCGCUUGGAGAAGGGCGCCCUCAUUGUUGGACGUCGCUCAUGAAGGCAGUGGGACGUCGUUGGCCCGACCCCGGGUUCGCCGAUAGAGUGGCUCAAGACUUCCACGGAUGUCGCCAGUCGUCGUCUCGGGCUUACGACCAUGUCGGGGAGUGGCGGGCGCGGUACCGUGCCUUCGUGCACGACAACGAUAGUUUCACCCUGUCGCCGCUUCAGCUCGCCACGACCUUCUACCAAUCGCUCAGUGACUCCUCCAAGCGGGAAGUGCGGGCGGGAAUGUUACGUGAAUACCACGACAACUCGCUGGUGACAAUUGGGCGAUUCGGACUGAAGGUCCCGUCCAUCGACGAGAUUACCGAGUGGGCCGCUAUCGCCGACGACAUUUCUCCUCCGCCUUCGGUUCCGACCCCACCAAGCCGCACCGCGACCUAUGGCGCGAUCGUCAAAGCUCCCCGAGUGAGCCCACCUGCGACCAACACGCCCACCGUCGACGAGAGGUUCCAGAUCCGACGAGCUCGAUGGGUCGACCGCGCUACUAAGUGGCAGCAAUCGCACUUGUGGAAGGACCGCUCCACCUGGUUUUCCCCGGCGCCCAGCGGGGUACCCACCAGCAUGGCUUGCUUCAACUGCGGACGAGGCGGUCAUUUCUCGCAGCACUGCACCGCGGAGCGUCAAUCCCCGGUCGCCGUCCAACUCUCAGUGGUCGCUGUGGCCGACUUGGAUGACGAAGAGUGGUCCUCGGUCGCAGGUGGUGACGAGGAUCCCGAGGUGAGAGUCCCCAUUCCACUCGAGCGUGUUCAGACUCGACCUUUGAUGACAGGCAACGUCGGAGGGGAUGACGAUGACUACACGCGAGAGACGAGGGAGAGAGCGAGAGAGCGCGCGAAAGCGCGAAGGAGCGAAGGGGGUGUCGACCGAGGCGGCGGCAGUCGACCGAGAGGCAACCGCGGAGGAUACGCGGCUGCAAGGCUCGCAGCAAGUCCAGUGUACCGAACUAUGGUAGCCAACGAGGUCGGACAGAAGAGGGAGGGCAAACGAUCCAAGAAAUAG